GACUCGCUAGGUUUGCCAAACCAAUUCCCCAAAGGGGUCCUUAACAGGACUCAACCAAACCCUAGCCUCUUCUUCUUCUUUCUCUCUCUCUCAACAAAAAAAACUCUUCCGAAUUCCUCUGAAAAACAAACAAAAAUGUCUUCAUCCUCUUAUCGCGAAAAAAAAUCAUGUGGCCCUGUUCUUCGUUCACUUUCACCUUCUGGAAGAUUCUGUUCCUAUACACAAUCAAGAACCCCUUUCUCUACACCUUCAUCAGCUUUCGCUUCUUCCACAAACUCAACCUUUUCAUCUUCCUCUGCUUUCUACAUCGAAACCAACGAUCACUACAAUCAUCAUCACCAUAAUUAUCAUCACAACUCUCAUCACCGUUCAGCUUCACCUACACGUGUCAAUCUAUACACCACAAACUCUCGUUCUUCUGGUGUCCGGUUUUCAAUCGAUUCACGUUCUAUUUCACCAAACCGGUCGAUUUCAAACCAUGUUAUUACUACCAAGAAUCGUCCAAUUCCGGCUCAGAAAAAGACGUGUAUGUGUUCGCCAACGAAUCAUCCCGGUUCGUUUCGAUGCAGUCUUCACAAGAACAACGGAAACAACAGCAGCAACGCUGAUUCGUAUCCUUCAACUCGUCUCAACAUGCGUAGAUCUGCGAUGAAGAAUUCGCUUGUGCGAAUCGGUGGUGUUGAAGGAGAAUGGGUGAAAAGAGCUUUAACGGCGUUGAUUCGACCUUCGUCGCAUCAACAAAGGAGGAGAUCGGCGUUCGAGCCAAGACCUAGUCGUCUCUCUGUCAUGUCCAAGGCUGAAGCUUAAGAUCUUUGAAUAUUAUCUGUUUUUCAUUUUUCAGGUUGAGAUCUUGUUCAUCACGCUUUUGCGGUGGUUGAAAUUCACCCACUGCGCGUUGAUCUGCCGCUACUCAAGAUAUUCUGGCGAGAAGUUAUGUUAAAGCGUGUCAUCUCCGGCAAGAUUCGGAGAAGAUCAAUGAAUCAGACAUCUGAAACAACCGUUGAAGAAUUUCUGAAUAGAUCUAUUGAGAUUUGAGAUUGGAUUGCAUUUUGUACAUAACAUUUGCUAUGGAAGCUGAGAAUUUUGGACUUGUUUUUUUAUUUUUCAGUCA